CAACCUUCACAGUUGUAUCAAUCGCCCACCUACACCAUGUUCGCUCGUAUCUACGCCCUCGCCUUCACUCUCUUCUUCGCUAUGCCCUUGUUCGUGGCUGGUAGCGCCGUCCCGCGUGGCGGAACAGGCUGUACCACUGGAGAAGUGCAAUGUUGCCAGUCCGUUCAGAGUGCGACCUCCACCCCGGUUUCCACCCUUUUGGGACUUCUCGGUGUCGUUUUAGGUAACCUCGGUGUCGAUGUUGGUGUCACUUGCUCCCCCAUCAGCGUCAUUGGUGUCGGAGGCAACAGCUGCUCUACUCAGACCGUCUGCUGCGAGGACAACAGCUUCAAUGGUCUCAUUGCCAUUGGUUGCACUCCCAUCAACAUUGGACUCUGAAGAGUUGAAGUGGUCUUCCUAGCAUCUCAUGGUCAUAUCAUUGACACGGACGAAUUCGUAUACAGAUAGC